AUGGAUUCCUCAUCGCUUUUCAACGUCAAGGGCAAAAUCGUGCUGGUCACCGGUGGUGCGAAAGGGAUUGGUCGUAUGAUCUCUGAGGGCUACGUUGCAAAUGGUGCUACCGUUUACAUCACGGCUCGCGACCUAGCUGCGUGUGAGAAGGCAUGUGCCGAACUCAAUGCUCUCGGCAAGGGCAAAGCACACGCCAUCAGAGCCGAUUUCUACAAGGAAGAAGACUGCAAGAAGCUGUUUGAAGAAUUUUCCAAGAGAGAAGAUAAGCUCCAUGUGUUGGUGAACAAUGCCGGCUCCAACUGGGGGGCUCCAUACGAUGAAUACCCAUCCGCUGCCUGGACACGCGUAUUGACGCUCAACCUCCAUCGAGUUUUCGACGUCACCCAGCUAUUUACUCCGCUGUUAGAGAAAGCAGCCAAACCCAUGGACCCAGCGAGAAUCAUCAACAUCGGAAGCAUUGACGGUCUUCGUGUUCCGUCCCUCGAAACAUUUGCAUACAGCUCUAGCAAGGCGGGCGUGCACCACCUCAGUCGUGUGUUGGGCCCAUCAUUUGGGCCAGCGGAACAUCACGUCAGUAUUCCUUCCCCACGCGCUUACUCUACCAGAACACUAAGUAAAAGCAGCUCGAAUACCCUUGCCUGUGGCCCAUUUGAGAGCAAGAUGAUGGCAGCUACGCUCAAGAAGUUUAAAGAUUCCAUAGAAGCUGGUAUUCCGCUCCACCGUAUCGGCACUCCAGAGGACGUUGCCGGUGCUUGUCUAUUCUUAAGCAGCCGAGCAGGAUCAUAUGUCAAUGGCGCAACGAUAACGGUGGAUGGAGGUAGCGCUAUUGCAGCGAAAUUGUAG